ACAGGCGGCAGGUGCAGCCGGAGACACUGGAGGACGCGGAACUGCAGCAGCCUUCACACUGAGAGCAGCGGGGACUAGCGCGAACAUGGUGGCGGCAGAGCUGACAAACAGGAAAAUGUGACAGUGAGGGAAGGGGAGGGGAGUAGCCGGAGAAGAGAGGAAGGAAGGGGAGGGAAGAGGAGCUGGUGGCAGCGGCUGUCACUUCCAGUGCAGCACAGGCAGGGACCCACCAGGCUGGCACCUCUGCCCACUCGCACACAUACAUGACAGGCACUGGCCGUGGAUUAUCUUCUGGUGCCUGUAGCUUCCCGGAGUGAGGCUCGGCGAGGGGCUGCCUCGUCUGGAGAACACGAUAAGCAUCAGGAGAACCCCCCCCUCCUUAUUAUCCCUAGCUGUCCCUCCUCGCUGAGCACCUGCAGCCCACCUCCUCCUCCCCCGGGGCCAGGACCCUCCUGUGUGGGGUGCCCAUCAGCCACAGCAGCAGCAGAGGAAGAAGGGAGGAGGAGAGGAAAGGUGGGGGGUGAGAGGAGAGAGGGAUCUGGAGGAGGAGGAGGAGGAGGUGGUGGUGGAGGAGAAGGUGGUGGAACCAGAGGCAGAGAAGGGAAGCGGUGACCAUGUGGAAAUUUAAGGAAUUCAGGAAGGUGCUGGACGGCCUGACGGCCGCGUCCUCCUCCUCUUCAUCGUCUGCUUCAUCUCAGCCCGGGACCAGGGAGGUGGACAUCCCGGAGACGCUCCAGUCCGAGCACUUCCAGCUCUGCAAGACGGUUCGCCAUGGAUUUCCCUUUGAGCCGUCCUCAAUGGCAUUUGAUCCAGUGCAGAAGAUUCUUGCAAUUGGCACAAAUCAUGGAGCUCUGAGGCUAUUUGGUCGGCCAGGAGUUGAGUGCUAUUGCCAGCAUGACAGUGGUUCUUCAGUAAUCCAGCUUCAGUUCCUGAUUAAUGAGGGAGCUCUUGUGAGUGCCUUGACGGAUGACACCUUACAUCUUUGGAAUCUACGACAGAAGCGACCUGCCAUACUUCAUUCCCUGAAAUUCAGCAGAGAACGGAUAACAUUUUGCCACCUGCCUUUCCAGAGCAAAUGGCUCUAUGUGGGAACCGAAAGAGGAAAUAUUCACAUUGUCAACGUGGAGAUGUUCACGCUCUCAGGCUACGUCAUCAUGUGGAAUAAAGCCAUUGAACUGUCAUCCAAAUCACAUCCAGGGCCAGUUGUCCACAUCAGUGAUAAUCCAAUGGAUGAGGGAAAGCUGCUAAUUGGUUAUGAGUCUGGUACAGUAGUAUUAUGGGAUCUAAAGUCGAAGAGAGCAGACUACAGAUAUACCUACGAUGAGGCAAUCCAUUCUGUUGCUUGGCACCAUGAAGGAAAGCAGUUCAUCUGCAGCCAUUCGGAUGGUACCCUGACCAUAUGGAAUGUACGCUCUCCUGCCAAGCCAGUGCAGACAAUCGUACCACAUGGUAAGCAGAUAAAGGAUGGAAAGAAACCAGAACCAUGCAAACCUAUCUUGAAAGUGGAGUACAAAACAACAAGAAAUGGGGAGCCUUUUAUUAUACUCUCUGGCGGUCUGGCCUAUGAUACAGCGGGAAGAAGACCUUGCUUAACAGUCAUGCAUGGUAAAAGCACAGCGGUCCUAGAAAUGGAUUAUCAGAUUGUGGAUUUUCUUACCCUGUGUGAAACUCCAUAUUCGAACGAUUUCCAGGAGCCCUAUGCUGUGGUUGUACUUUUAGAACAAGAUUUAGUAGUCAUAGACCUUGCACAAAAUGGAUAUCCUAUAUUUGAGAACCCAUAUCCUCUGAGCAUACAUGAGUCUCCUGUUACUUGCUGUGAAUAUUUUGCGGACUGCCCUGAGGACCUCAUCCCUGCACUUUAUUUUGUUGGAAACCGGCAAAAGCGGCAAGGUUAUAGUAAAAAGGAAUGGCCUGUCAGUGGUGGUAACUGGGGUGUUGGUACUCAAAGUUACCCAGAGAUAAUAAUCACAGGUCAUGCGGAUGGAUCAAUCAAAUUUUGGGAUGCUUCAGCAAUAACAUUGCAAAUGUUGUAUAAACUCAAGACGGCAAAAGUAUUUGAGAAAUCUCGGAAUAAAGAAGAUAAACCUAGCACGGACAUUGUAGACGAAGAUCCUUAUGCCAUCCAGAUGAUCUCCUGGUGCCCAGAGAGCAGGAUACUAUGUGUGGCAGGUGUCUCAGCUCAUGUAAUCAUCUACAGGUUCAGCAAACAGGAAGUGACCACAGAUGUCAUCCCGAUGUUGGAAGUAAGGUUGCUGUAUGAAAUCAAUGAUCUAGAGUCCCCAGACAUUGAACAAGUGCCAACGCCCAGCGGAGGACCUAACUCCCAGCCCAUUGUUCUUCAGUCGCACCCAUCCACAAGCAGCAGUUCAUCUGAUGGGAUUCGUGACAACGUACCCUGUUUAAAGGUCAGAAGCACUUCUUUAAAACAAUCUGCUGGCUACCAAGUAGAGCUUGUGAUACAACUUGUUUGGGUCAGCGGAGAACCUCCUCAGCAAAUAACCAGCCUAGCUGUCAAUUCUGCAUAUGGCCUAGUAGUAUUUGGAAACUGUAAUGGUAUUGCAAUGGUGGACUACAUCCAGAAAACCGUCCUUUUAAACCUUGGUACAAUUGAACUAUAUGGCUCAAAUGAUCCAUACCAGAGGCAGCCACGUUCUCCGCGCAAAACAAGACAACCGUCUGGAGCUGGUCUUUGUGACAUUAACGAGAGUACCACAGCCUCAGAAGAUCGUUGCAAAUCCCCCACCUCAGGUUGUGGCUCUCCCACAUCUUCUGAUGAUGAACAGGCAAUGAAAUUAUUUAUAGAAAAGGUGAAGAGCAAGGGCAGAAAGAUUUCCAGGGCGGUAGCCACUGAUAUAGCAAAGAUGUCAAGGAAGUUAAGCCUACCUACAGAAUUAAAGCCUGAACUAGAUGUCAGAGACAACUCCUUCAGUCGAUCUCGGAGUUCCAGUGUGACCAGCAUAGACAAGGAUUCACGGGAAGCAAUAUCUGCUCUCCAUUUUUGUGAGACAUUCACAAGAAAACCUGAUACAUCAACAUCACCAUGCUUAUGGGUUGGAACCACGUUAGGGACGGUCUUAGUAAUUGUAUUAAACUUGCCACCAGGAAGAGACCAGAGACUUCUUCAGCCUGUUAUUGUAUCUCCAAGUGGAACAAUACUGAGGCUAAAGGGUGCAAUCCUAAGAAUGGCAUUUCUGGACUCGCUAGGAGCUAUAAUCCCACCAGCGUAUGAAGCCUGGAGGGAACCUAACGCACCUGAAGAAAAGGAUGACAAGGAGCGGUUGAAAAAAAGGAGGCCAGUUUCAGUCUCACCAUCUUCGUCUCAGGAAAUCAGUGAAAGCCAAUAUGCAGUAAUAUGUUCAGAAAAACAGGCGAAGGUGAUCUCACUGCCCUCCCAGAACUGCAUUUAUAAACACAACAUUACAGAGACUUCUUUUGUCCUUCGUGGAGAUAUAGUGUCAAUGAGUAAUAGUACUUGCCUUGCAUGUUUCUGUGCCAAUGGACACAUUAUGACAUUUAGUUUGCCAAGUUUAAGGCCGCUGUUGGAUGUAAAUUACUUGCCACUAACCAACAUGCGGAUAGCCCGAACAUUCUGCUUCACGAACAAUGGGCAGGCAUUGUAUCUCGUCUCACCUACAGAAAUACAGAGAAUUACCUACAGUCAAGAAACUUGCGAGAACCUACAGGAAAUGCUAGGAGAGAUGUUUACUCCAGUUGAAACACCUGAAGCCCCUAAUAGAGGUUUCUUCAAAGGUUUGUUUGGAGGAGGAGCACAGUCACUGGACAGAGAAGACCUCUUUGGAGAAACAUCUGGUAGACCACGACCAACUGUUGUCACGCACAUUCCUGGACCAGGUGGUUUGGAAGGAGUGAAAGGAGCUGCAACGGGUGUUGGUGCUGAACUAGCACGAGCCAGAUGGGCUCUGGAUGAGAGAGGACAGAAAUUAGGAGAGUUGGAAGAUAGGACAGCUGCCAUGCUUUCUAGUGCGGACUCAUUCUCAAAACAUGCUCAUGAGAUGAUGUUAAAAUGCAAGGAAAAGAAGUGGUAUCAGUUCUGAUGAGCCAGACUCAAAUACAUCUACUGUAUUUUAACUUCACUGGGGAAGAAGAUUUUAAGCAAAACAUGCAACCAUUUUUCUCACCCUUUCUUUCUGCAGGACAGUUGGGAACAAGAGUUGAACAUUCAUAUUUGGUUACUGUUUCCUAGCACAAAUCAUAUACUGUUUUACCUCAGUGUCUUGGUUUUACCUGAGGAGCAUUACAUCCAAGAAAAUAGAAACAAACUCAGUAUUUAUCUCUAAGCUGUGGUUUGGUGAAAAGAUGCAAAAGAUAAGGAAGCAAAAUGGCAGUGAGAAGGCACAAGAAUGAGAAGUCGAAAUUAUGUUUUUUUGCUUCAUUUGUUUGUUAAUAUUUUUCAGUUUUUUCUUUUUUUGUCAUCUCUUAAAGAAGAGAAGUUAUGUCUGGACAAUUAGCUUUUUAUCCUCUGUUGCUUCACCACAAAUUUCACUGGCUUUUACAGGGGAUGGGACACAAAACAGAUCUAAGACCUAGCUAACUGCACAAAUGAGGUGAUCACAAAGCAUUCAUCUUUAGACAGAGAUCUUCACUGAGAAGAUUCAUCGUUAACGCAUUACGUAUUUUACAUUCAUAACAAGCUCGACUUGGGAUUGGUAACCUCUGCGUACGGAUCUUUUUGGAUGUUCUGUCUGAGUUUUUUAUGUGUCUUUGUAAUUUGUUUGCCUAGAAAAAUUCGGCCACUGCCUAAGUCCCUCGAUGAUCAAUCACCCAGCCCAAGAGUUUCUAUGGUUCUUAUACCAAAUAAUUCUGCUGUUUUUUUCAGUUUAUUGGGGGUGGGCAUGCUGCAGCUAAAACUAGAUUGUGGAGCUAUCUCCAGCCAUUCUGUGUGUACUGUUUGUUAAAAAAAAAAAAAAAAACUUAUAUUUUGGAGGAAACGUCUAAAUUACAAGAUGAAUUUGUGGACCUGUUUUGUGCACAGUUAGCAUCCUAGUUUAAGUAGAUUUUAGGAUUAUAGCGAAUUGAGCUGAAGCAUUAAUAGGACUUUGUAUCAAACAUUUACUGAGCACACAUAGACUGAUGGCUAAAGUAUACGGCACAGAUCAUUAUUCUACAUGAAUAAUCCCAAAUUAUUUAUUUGAACCUAUACCAAAGUAUGACUUGAAAAAGACUGUGACUCCCUUGCUGGAGGUUCAGCAGAUAUUAUAGUAGUAAAUGGACGUAACCCAUAUCACAUAUUUUACCAAUAUAUUGAACUUACCGUUAACACUUAAAAUAAGAAAAAGGAAGGAUUCUAUAGGUUACGUUCUAUAUGGACCUAAUAGCAAUGUUUUAUGAAUGGGUGACUUUUCCUCAUACCUCCCGUCUAGUAGUAAUAUGUUAUUUGAUCCAGUAUUAAGAGAUGAAAUUACAUCAAAUGCUAAUAAGUCUGCAUUUUAGCAGCUACUUGAAAAGAGUCCAUCUAUCAUACCAUUGUUCAGUGAAGGGGUACCAUGGAGAAUUUAUGACAUGAUUGGAGCCUCAUACUAAAUGGUUGGUGAGAUGUCUUAUUUGUAUCCUUCCCCAACUAUUGGCCUGAUGCAUUGGCUGAGGAAUACCAUUCAUUUAUUAAUAGUUCAUUUCUUUUAAGUGCCUAUAAUAGUAACUCGGAAAUGAGGAGACAUUUCUGUUACAACAGCGUUGUACAUUUGUAGUUGCAUGUUCAAUUCCAGUAUUAUUAAGUUUUGGCGCAUGCAGUUCUAAAGAUAUAUUUUUCUAUUUAUUUUAACCACAAAUGUCUCUCUGGCAUGAAGCAGUCAUGUAAUGACUUACGUCUCAUGAUUGUGAUGUCAUUUCUGUACUGUCAAUAUAAUAAGUAGACACUCCAAUUUCAUGGAUAAGGAAAGCACUGCAAAUAGGCACUGAGUAGUUCAUUUUAUAAGAAACAGGGGGGGGGGGGGGACGCCCCACAGACGUUUGUGUAUGGCCACAAGAGCAGUGCAAUAUAUAUUAAUGUAGGAAAAUAGAGAAACAUUGAUGAAUUUAGUAUUAUUUAUCAAAUGUGUGUUAAUAUAAAUUGAAGGUGUUUUUUCUUGUAAUUAUACAGAGUUUAUGCA